AUGUCUUCUGAGACUCAAGUUUCUGUUGCCAUAAUCGGCGGUGGCGUUGCCGGUCUGACGUUAGCCAACAUUUGUGAGCAAUCAGGCAUUUCAUACGUCCUCUGGGAAUCACAGGAUCGGAUUGCUCCUCCGGUUGGCGCAAGCAUCGGUUUGAUGCCGAACGGUCUACGGAUACUUGACCAAAUAGGUGUCAUUGAUGCCAUAGAAGAAUAUCGAAUUCCCCACGACAGCUGGGAGCAUCGCGAUGCCGACGGCACUUUGUAUAGCUCAGUUACCGCUAUGCGGAAAUUCCCGGAAAUCCUUGGCUACAGCGAAAUCUUCAUGGAAAGGCAGCGGGUACUCGAGAUCCUGUACGACAAUAUCCAAGACAAAUCCCACAUAAGCACCGGGAAGCGCGUCAUCUCAGUCAAGAACUUCCCCACACACGCCACCGUCACGGCAGCAGACGGAUCUCAGCUCCAGGCCUCCAUCAUCGUCGGCGCCGACGGCGUGCACAGCGUCGUCCGGCGGGCAAUCAACGCCUUGACGCCCUCCCUCAAGCCGCCCACAGACUACCUCACCACCCACGUCACCUGCGUCUACGGCAUCUCCACGCCGCACCCCUCCCUCCCCACCGGCCGCAACUACACCAUCUACCGCCCCCACUCCUCCUUCCUCAUCUUCACCGGCGCCGGCGGCGCGCUGUACUGGUUCAUCAUCCGCGAACUCCCGGCGCCCCUCCCCUACGGCCACAGCCCGCGCCGCUUCACCGCCGCUGACAUCGAUGCCGCUGCGGCCGCGGUGGCUGAUGCGUGCGUCACGACAACAACGACGGGCGGGGAGGGCGGGGAGAACGGGGUGGUGAUGUUUAAGGAUAUUUAUAAUCGCCGCCGCACGGCCGUCAUGACGCCGCUGGAAGAAGGCAUCGCGGGGCGGUGGGCGGCAGGGCGCAUGGCGAUCGUCGGCGAUGCGGCGGCGAAGAUGGUGCCGCAUGCGGCGAUGGGGGCGAAUCAGGCGAUGGAGUCGGUGGCGUGUUUGGCGAGCGGGCUGCUGAGGAUACGGGGUGAGCGGCAAGGGCGGUUUGAAGGAGCAGCGGUGGAGGAAUGGUUGGUGGAGUAUGGGCGGAGGCGGGAGGGAAGGCUGAAGAUGGUGGUGAAGGUGGCGAAUCUGGCGUGUCGGGCGCAGCUGAGGAUUGGGGAGGAGGCGGAGAGGUAUAUUGCCGAGUUGAGGGAGGAGGUCGAGGAUGAGGAGGUGUGGGUGGGGAAGAUGAUGCAUACGUUUGCUAAUGCGGAGAUUAUUGAGGGGUGGGAGGGGGGGAGUGAGCGUGUGCGGUUCUACACUGAGCAGGGGAGGAAGUGGAAGGAAGAGCAUGCGGUGAGAGCUUGA